AUGCGUUUCAGACCCUUUCAGGCGAUCACUAUUGGAUACAUCGGCCUAACUGUUGCCGCUCCUAGUCCAUCCCGCGACUGGGAUGUACAUGCUGGCAUUGGUUUCGAUAUAGGCAGGCGCUCGGCCGAAAGCCUUCAAGCUUGCCCCGCCCCCAAGGAUAUUCCCGUCACGGCCCCCAAGAAGAACCCUUUCACAUCCUUGACACCUUCUGAAAUCCAUUCAGUGGCAACUUGGCUCUUGGAGAACAAAUCGCUUGGGCUGAAUCUCACAAAUAGCUCAAGUCCAACCUUGUCUCUGAGCGAUAAUUAUAUUGCUCACAUCGAGACACUUAAGCCAAAUAAAACAGAUGUCCUGUCCUAUUUGGACGGCAACGGCGUUGUGCCCCGACAUGCUCGAGUCAUCAUAAACCACGGCUCGGGUAGCCCCCCAACCGUUUCUGAAUACUUUCCUUUAGAUUACUUCUACAAUGGUCCAAAUGGGCCAAGCGUCUUGCUGAAUGGAGGCUUCAUCGACAAAGUCAGGAAGGCCGCCAUUGACAGCGCUGUUGCCAAGGCCAUGUCCCAGAUUGCUGAUAUCACGGCCGACUUGAUCGACGUGGUGUACUACGGUAGCAGUGACCCUCGCUCCACGGCAGCCUACUACGUCCAAAACCCCUUCUCGACAGAUGGCACCACUGGCGUUAUCUGGACGCCAUGGAGAAGGGCCGGCCUAGCCCCGUAUGACCAACCCUCCGACUUGUAUGUGAGCUUUGAUAUUGCCGGAACUGACCCUAGCCUCUACCACGUACGCAAAAUUGUGUAUAACCUCAAGGUUUAUGAGACAGUUGAGGAGUUUCGCAGUGCUUGGGAGUCUGGAAAUAUGGUCAAGUCGCCUGCGCCAGCCAAAGACGCCGAUUUCCUGCGAAAAGAUCGCCGAGGGACGAUCCGUGAACUUGAAGAUCGUCUGGCACCUACUGUUCUGACUCUUGAUAAGAGGUAUAAGAUUGACAAGGAGAACAAGUACAUUGAGUACCUUGGCUGGAAGUUUUAUAUGAGAUAUGACAAGGAUGUGGGUAUUCAAUUCUAUGACAUAAAGCUCAAGGAUGAGAGAAUCAUGUAUGAACUUUCACUUCAAGAUGCUAUUGCCCAGUAUGCUGGAAACAAUCCUUUCCAAGCAGGCACCGCUUAUAUGGAUCGAUACUUUGGUAUUGGCCUUCAGGCUGGUAGACUGAUUCCUGGAUAUGACUGCCCAUACCAUGCCACCUACCUCGAUUCCAAUUUCACCAACGGAAUCACAGCUCUGAGGCAGCCGUCCAAUGUCUGCAUCUUUGAGACGGAUAUCGGCGUCCCAGUAACUCGCCACACAGACAAAUCAUACAUGCAGUCUACGAAAGGCUCCAAACUCGUUGUCCGUAUGAUUGCCACCAUCGGAAACUACGACUACCUCUGGGACUACGGAUUCUAUGUUGAUGGAACCAUUACUGUAGAUGCCCAUGCAUCAGGUUAUGUCCAAGCCAACUAUUUCAGACCCGAUGAUGAAGGCAAAUGGGGCCCAAGAAUUCAAGAGACUAUUGCUGGUACUCUGCACAGCCACGUAAUGAAUUUCAAAGCCGACUUCGACCUCAUCGACACAGCCAAUACCUUCAUCAAGACGGACAUCGUGGUCGAGAACAUCACCCAACCUUGGUUCCCGGAGCGCGGCGAGUUUGAAAUGAUGCGCUAUAACAUCAGUGAGAUCGCUACUGAGGAUGAUGGCCUGCUCGAGAUGCCAGCAAAUGGCCAAUCCAUGUUUACCAUUGUCAACAAGAACCAUACGAACCGCUGGGGUCAGCCUAGGGGCUACCGCAUUCUCCCAGGUCUAUCAAACGUUGUGCUUCCAUCAAAGCGUUCGCCCUUUUUCAAGCGGUCCGUCAACUUUGCCAAGCAGCCAUUCGCAGUGUCGCGUCAACAUGAUACUGAGCCCGGCUCGUCCGCUGCUCUGAAUCAGAAUGUCCCUGAGGCACCACUCGUAGACUUCUACAACUUCUUCAAUGGGGAGUCCCUUGUACAAGAGGAUCUUGUGGCAUGGAUCAACCUCGGUAUGCAGCAUUAUACUCGCUCUGAGGACAUCCCCAACACUCUCAUGUCGGAAGCACACUCGAGUAUCAUGUUCGCCCCGCAGAACUGGGGAACUACUGAGCUCACAACCGACUUGGCUAAUUCGGUGAUUUACUAUGGAGUCCAGAAUGGCACUGCUACGCCCCAGACAAACGGCGUGAAGCCGCCGAGCUGUUUCCCCAUGGGACCAGAAGACACUCUAGAGGGAAUUUUCGAGAGUGGCACAGUUGAAAAGCCAGACCUGCCUCAUGAGGGAUAA